AUGCUUUGGAUAGACGGCAUACCGGGAAUCGGGCGCCGGCGUCUGCACGUCUGCCUGGCCUUGGCGGUCUGCGCCUUCUUGAUCGCCGACACGAUCGACGCCGCCACCGACGAGAGCAAGGACACGUGGACCGGAUUCUCCACGUCCUGCACGUCGGAGGACUCGAAGAAUGCGUCGGUCUCCUGCCACGGUGUGCGAAUCGUACGGAAGAUUGUACAGCAGCUGCUGGAGACCACCAGCAAGGAGCGGGACAUCGAACUGUUCGAUGGUGUGUCUUUGGUCGAAGUGCCCGGAAGCGGUUCCUCCCGAAAGGCUCGAGUCUUGAAAGGCUUCGGCGGCCUCGGGCCCUUCCUACAAUUUCUCGAGGGCAGAGAGCUCAGAGUUAAGUUGCCGUCUUUACUCCCACCGAAUAUCGAAACUGCCUUGAAGGAGAGUUUGCCCUCCGAAGCUGAUGCGAGGGCGAAGGGCGGUAGUUUGGGCAAUUUGGGCGGCGGCGGCAGCGGAUUGGGCGGCGGCGGCAAAGGGGGCAAGCGCGGUAGCGGUGGGCUCCUUUUAAUGAUGCUUAUGAUGGGCAAGAUGAUGGCUGCCAUGGGCUUCGGCGCGCUGGGUCUCCUGGCCAUGAAAGCGUUGAUGGUUUCGGCAAUGGCCUUGAUGCUGUCACUGAUUGUAGCCGUGAAGAAGCUAGCGGGCGGCCACGAGGACCACGGCGGCCACCACGUAGUUUACGCGCAGGACGUCGGCCACCAUCAUCGCAAGAAGAGAUCAGUCGAGGAUGUCGACUCCACGCAGCUGCCCUACAGAGGAUACGCCCAUCUCUACGCCAACUUGGGACCAUCUUGAUGCUUUUGAUCGUUAAUUGCACCAACCGCGAGAUUGAAUUGGUUCUCCGGCCUUUUAACUCUCUUAUCGCUGCUAAGGAUAGACUCAGAUAGUUACGACUAGAUGAACUACGUUGACAAUGCGGCACAUUGACAUUGCGCUCACGCAAUUUGCAUUUCGAUCACAUCA